AUGGAUAGAUUACAGUCUCUUCUUGGUGCUAGAAUGGGUGGUCUUGGAGGCGGCGUUGGCCUUCAGAACCAGCCUUCUGUUGAUAGUGCGGAAACCGUUUAUAUAUCAUCGUUAGCCCUACUUAAAAUGUUGAAACACGGAAGAGCCGGUGUCCCCAUGGAAGUUAUGGGUCUUAUGUUGGGGGACUUUGUUGAUGAGUUCACGAUCCAUGUCGUGGAUGUUUUCGCUAUGCCUCAGUCUGGUACAGGCGUUUCUGUUGAAGCAGUUGAUGAUGUUUUUCAAACAAAAAUGAUGGACAUGCUAAGACAGACAGGUAGGGAUCAAAUGGUUGUUGGAUGGUAUCACUCGCAUCCUGGAUUUGGAUGUUGGCUUUCAUCAGUGGAUGUGAAUACUCAGCAGUCUUUUGAGCAAUUAAAUCCUAGAUCUGUUGCAGUGGUUAUAGAUCCUAUACAGUCCGUGAAGGGUAAAGUUGUGAUUGAUGCAUUCCGUUCAAUCCCUUCCCAGGUCAUAAUGCUUGGACAAGAACCACGUCAAACAACAUCCAAUGUUGGACUUCUUCAUAAGCCAACUAUCCAGUCCCUUAUCCAUGGUCUUAAUAGAAGUUACUAUUCAUUAAACAUAGAAUACAGAAAAACGUCAAAGGAAACAGACAUGCUCCAGAAUUUACACAAGAAAGAAUGGACGACUGGUUUAAAGAUUGAGGAUUACAACGACAAUGAUCAAAAGAAUUUGGGGGCCACGAAAAGAAUGGUUAAAAUUGCAAAGCAAUAUGUCGAAAGAAUUCAGGAGGAGAAAGAACUUUCAGAGGAUCAGCUUAAGACGCGGUAUGUCGGCAAGCAAGAUCCUAAGAAACAUCUUACGGAAGCCGCUGAGAAACUUAUUGAAGAUAACACGUUAUCAAUUGUCAAGGGCAACGUGGACAGACUUGCUAUAUAA